UCGCCUUCGCCUACGCGGUUCUACCUACCAGAUACCAUGGCCUCUUGGCCGUGGAAAACGAGAACCAACCCUCAUGCCGACGAGGUGGGGGGGGGAGAUGCGUCGAGUGGUCACUUAUCGCUUCUGUCUGAGUCGUUCAGUAGACUUAUUCAACUAGUUCAUUCUUUCGAUCAUCUUCUCGUCGUAUCUCUCUUCGUCCUCGUCAUCAUCUUGGUCGACGACUGUACGGACACCGAGAACGCCGACGUAGCUCGGCAAACUGCAGAUCUCGUUAAUGACGCAUUCGAGCACUCAGAUCAGCCCAGGCCUGCAGGCGAAGGGCCUAUAGGGGAAAUCGUGCGCCGGUUCUGGCAGUACGCUAUUGGGAUUAUCAGCCCCAAAGUCCAAGUCGCCUUUCUUAAGCACUUUGGCGAGUUCCUCGAGUCUAUCGUGACACAAGCUGGGCAACGCGAUGAGGACGUCCGACUUAACGUCGAUACCUACCUGAAGCUGCGUAGGGAUAACGUCGGCGUCAUGCCCUUCUUCCCCUUCCUUAGACCCACGUCGGGGCCCGAUCUCCCCGAGGAGAUAUGGGAAUCUGCGGUUAUCGCUGAGAUGACUGGCCAUAUCGUCGACAUGUACAUCUUCGAUAACGAUACAAUUUUCUACGGCCGUGAGUACGCUCUGGGCGAUACCGGGCACAACAUCGUAACACUGCUCAUGCAAGAAUACGGCAUCGACGUCGGAAGUGUCGCAUGGGCCACCGCUCGCCACGCAGCCGCUCAGAAAGCAUUCAAAGAUGGCCUAGAACGCCUUCCAUCUCAUGGUGCCCAGGCGGAUGCCCAAGUCAAGGAAUACUUGAACGGAUUGGGGUACUGGAUCCGGGCGUACCAUGUCUGGUCUUUUAAGAUCGAACGCUACUUCGAUGGUCGUGGGGACGAAGUGAAAGUUAGUCGUCUUGUCCAGCUUAAGCCUCAA